AUGGGCGUAAAAAAGACGCAAAUAUCGCAAAAACAAAGGGAGAAGGUCACUUUCGACCAGGAAACUACCGUCACAGAUAGCCGUGGCGAUGUCCUAGAAGAUGUCACACUUCUAGACACUUUUGAAGAUAUAAGAGCAAGAUAUCCAAACAGUUCUAAUUUAAAUUGGCUUAUAGACGCAAUUCGAGACCGAUUGGAACUCACGACGCCAUCACCUGUGCAGCGCAGCGUAAUACCGCUUGCACUAGAGAACAAAGAUAUUCUGGCCGUAGCUCCAACAGGAUCUGGUAAAACCUUGGCAUACCUAAUUCCACUCUUGUCUCUUCACAAGAAACUAGGCACUAUACAAAGCCUUAUACUGGUUCCGACCGUUGAGCUUGUCAACCAAGUAAAACGGGAGCUAGUAUACCUCAUAGGUAACUCUAUAUUAACGAUGCCUUAUGACGAUCUAGGUGAAAAUGAUGUUGCUGCAAUGCCGCUAGAACGCGGAUACAAGAAAUUCGAUACAGAAAUAUGCAUAUCGACACCAGGUACAAUGAUUUCAGUUCUAAAGAAACAUCCGAAAGUAUUGGAUCACCUGGAGAUUCUAGUAGUAGAUGAAGCUGAUGUCCUGCUAGAAGGGGGAUAUGCGCAACACUUCGAUAAGAUACUAUCCCAACUAGUGACCAUCAAGGGCCUUAAGAAAAUGCUAUUCAGCUCCACUAUGCAACCACAGGUCGUUGAACUGGCGAAAAGCUUCAUGCCUAGCGCACUGCGCGUGGAAGUCGGUCAGAGUACAAGGGCAUGUAAAAAUAUACGGCAAGAACUCAUGUGCGUCACCAACGAAAACGGAAAGGUGCCAGCACUGAGACAGAUCAUUAGAGAGGGACGUGUGCGGUUGCCGUGCCUUGUAUUCCUACAAAGUGUAGACCGGGUGAAACAGGUCUACCGCCAAAUGAAGGACGAUAACCUCCUGGUAGAACGACUCACAGGGAAGCUCGCACCUUCAGAACGAGAAGAACUUAUAAAUCGAUUUAGACUGUCUAAAAUAUGGGUACUACUUUGUACCAAUAUAUUGGCAAGGGGGGUCGACUUCCGAGGAAUCGGAACUGUAGUCAACUUCGAUAUGCCACUAACAGAACAAGAUUAUAUUAACAGAAUAGGGCGCUCCGGUCGUGGAGAAAAUAGUGGCAGUGCCAUCACAUUCUUCACACUUGACGAUGUCAAGAUCAUGCGUCAUGUACUGGACACUAUGCAGAGAUGCAAACAACCCGUACCAGAAUAUCUACUCCGAUGUGAAAAGAAGAGAGCAGACGUAAGGAGACCGCCGAAACGACAGACUACGGGUGUUGGGAACUCACAAGGUAAGCGGCAAAAGAAGGCGCGAAACGUGAGAGAACGAAAAGCGAUGCUGAGGAGGAUUAGCAACGUUUGA